UUGGUGGGCUUGCUGGUGUUAUUUCAUGCGUACAGAGAUCAGAGGCAGUGUGUAGCUGGAGGCUGCUGAUACCUGCAGGUGUUGUAACUGGCGGUGGUGCUGUAGAGGAGCAGUGUAGCACAAUGAGGAGCUGAGGAGUGGGUUGACCCUCUGGGAGGACUGGAAUAUGAAUGACUGCCAACACUGGGAAGCCUGCUCAGCCAGCAUUAAGGUGAGCGGUGCUUCAGUACAAGAGAAUCAACAGUGAUCUGACAGUGAUGCUGUGUAGCAGCCUUCCCCUCUGUCUGUGCCCCUCGUUCUCCCAAGAGGCCCAUGUGACCUAGCCUACACCCACACACAGGGGGCCCCCACUGCCGCUGGAGCCCACCCAUGAAUCCCAGCCCCGACCGCGGCAAAGAGUGCCUCCCUCCUAAGAAGAGGGAGUCUCGGCAAGGAUCGACAGAACACCACGUCACUUUGGACGAGUUUAAACCCCCUGUGCCGCUCCGGAGUCGGUCCAGCACAGGCAGAGGGGAGGGAGGCAGGGAGGCUAGCGACAGGGACCGAGCUCUGACUAACCCAAACCCGCAUCUCCUCCACACUCCUCCACCCCUUCCUGCUCCCGCACCAUGCCUCCCCCUGUCCCUACCAUGGCACCUGAGCUACUCUCCCUCUGUCUCUCUUCCCCUUUUUCCAGGGCAGGUCAGCGAGAGGAGGGGCUCAGGGUCUCCGGCCUGGAGAGAUGAUCCUCUCUCCUCCCCCCUGCCCCACACCUCCAGGUGGCUUAGAGGGGAGGGUUCCUUCUCCUUGCCACCUUCCCCAUCUUCCUCCUCUGCUUCCUCCUUUAAGACUCCCUUCCCAGCUGAUUCUAGAGAGAUGUGGUCCUACGUCAACAGCAGCCGGCGUGACUACAGUUCCUCUCUCUUCUCCCCGUCGUACUUGUUUAGCCCCCACUCUCUCUACCCCCAAGACCCAAGCUUAGUUGAAGCCAGACACAGGUACCUGGGCAAGAGGUCUAAUGGCUUGGAUGGACCAGGCAGCAGGACUGUCUCAACCUCCAGGCCUCUGCUCACAGGAGAAUAUGGUAACGACAGCUGCAGAACCAGGCUGGAUGUCAGUCCACACAGCUCCCAUACCAACGGAGGACGAAGACAGCAGGAGGAUCUAACCUCCCGUGUCCAUUCUGGAGGGCCAUUUUUGUCAGACUCUCAAGCUCAGGAGGGCCCUGAGCCACAUUCCUCACUGCAGGACAAACAUCCGCAUGGGAUAGUUAAGACUGGCUCAAAUUUACUCUCCACUAGUCCCCACCCCCUCGGACCAGACCCCAGGGUAGGUAGAGGGGGACUUUUGGACCCUAUAGGGGCCACACCAGCUGAAGCCCAGAUCUACUACUCCUUGGGAUCAGUGUGCCACCCCAGCCCUCAGCCCUACCCACACUAUAGCCCCUCAGGAACACCUCUGUACAACCUGCACAGGGAGCCAGGCCCCAGGCAGCACAAUCUAAGAAACUCACCUCACUCACCUCUGGGUCUACCCAACAGCCAUGACAGGUUACAAAGAGACCGGGAAAGAGACCAAGAAAGAGACAGAGAAAAAGUCCUACACAGGGACAGGGAGCGAGGUAAAGACAAAGACAAAGAGAAGCACCUACAGUAUGACAAAGACCAAGAAAGAGACAGCGAGCGCGAGAGAAGGCGGGACAGAGGGAGAGAGUUAUCUCCCUGCCAUUCUCACACCUCACCCCCUGACCUUCACCCAUCUCCUCCUGCGCUCCUACCUCACUUCACCAAGGGUUCUCUGAUUGAGCUGGCCAACGGGCGGUUGAAGCGGGUGGAGGAGCUGCGGACCGAGGACUUCCAGAGGAGUGCGGAUACCUCUUCAGAGUUCCACCUCAGCACCUGCACCGUGCUGCUGAUUUCCCCCAGCAGCUCACAGGGCUUCAGCCACCUGCAGGUCCACCUCACAGACCGCAACACUCAGGAGUUACUGAAGGUCUUGGUGGAGUAUCCGUUCUUUGUGCAGGACCGAGGCUGGUCUUCUUGCUGUCCCCAGAGAACCACACAGCUGUAUGGCCUGCCCUGCCGCCAGCUCAUGGAGGGGGAUGUCUGCCUGGCUCUCACCCCCAUGCCCACCCAAACCCACCGGACACACGCGCGCACUGGCCCCAGGGCCCAUCGCACACAAUACCCCUCCAGGGCUACAGGAGAGUCCAGCAGCUCACACAGGGAGGAGAUGCCACCUCCACCUCCUCCUCCCCCUCUUCCUCACCACCCACCUCCUAAUGCGCCAGCCCCUCCACGUGCCCUGGCUGCAGAGCCUCCCGCACAGGAGCAGCCACGUCCACGCAAACGGCGAUGGUCUGCCCCGGACACCCUUCCCUCAACCGGAACUGAUGAAAUCCUCCUGGAUUUACCUCAUGGCUCUAAGCUAAUGAAGUGGCAGUAGAAACUUGCACAUGCAUACAUGCAUACACAUGCAUACUGACACACACACACACAUAAGCACAUACACACCCUCCUUGUCUCUGUUGCACCCACCAAGACAAACAAUGGAGAGACCUCAAGGCAGGGUUGCAGGGAAGGAAUAAAAAAUAAUAUAAAAAAACGCAAUUUACGGGUGUCCACACUUUAGGAGGAGCAGCAGCUGAAGGAUCUUGGGAUGGCUCCUUACAGACACAAUGAAGACAUUUAGUGAGACAAUCAAGCACUUGUCCGUGUUCACUCUGUUUUUGUAAUGGUUGUCCCACACACCUACUUACUGACAGUGUUUUCUGCAGGGUAUCGACUUUCAAUCAGUGUUAUGAAAGUAAACGCUAUUGAAGAAGUGCAGAUAUAUAUGAACAAAAAUUGACUAUAUAUAUUACAGAUGUUAUAUACAGUAAAUAUGCUAAACAGAUUUAAUGCAAUCUCUCUGUCAAUUUCGCAAUGCAUUUUCAUUUCUCUUUCUUUUUUUCUUUUCUUGCUUCUGAGCCGAUGUCUACGUGUCGGCCUGGGCAGGCAAGGUGAAUGUAUGAGCAGCUCUUCGCCUUUUUUUUAUUCUCAUCACCGGGAGUCAAAAAAUUAAACAAUUGUUCGUCAAGGCAUUACCCUCCAAUAUGUUCUUAACAUUAUCUCUGAGAAAGGGAGAACACUAAUGAAACUGCGUAACAGACAAUCCCACCCACACAGACAGGUCUGUGCCACAUCGCCUUGACACUCAUGGUGUUUUUCCAUUAAAAACUGAAUGAUGGAAAGAGUAAAAGUGCAGUAUGGCUGAAGAGUAAUGGUGCUAAUAACACGUUGGAACAUGAUGCUUUGUGAAUACUCUUGACCCCUGUGUUACUGUACGCUUCUGUUCCCAUCUCAUUUUUUACGUACUGUAUAUGUUUGAGGACAGGGAAAAUAAUGAAAGUAUUUUAAACUCAGAUACGGGUAUCUCCUCUGAUUCAGCACACUCUCUCACUUUAGUUUUUGAGUUUUUUUUUUUUUUAUUUUCAAAAAGAAAACCU